AAAGACCUUGACUAGUUAGGCCUACUUACAAACUGAAUUAUCAUGAGUUUGAUAACAUACGGCAAGGAUAGUCAAAAUCUAGGUCACGGUAGUAAAGGUGUAUGUCAUACAUAUACAAGUGUAAUCAAAUAGCAAGCUAGCCUACUUUAAUGUUGUAGCUGCUCAUGUAGCAGGCGUUCGUUAUUUAAGGCCACUUUAGUUCAAGCUGCAUUACAUCACAACAGUCGGGAUCGUGCGUUCGUGUAACAACUGACGUCAUAAUGCCUCUACCCUCGGACCUUUCUCACCUCCACCCAGAGUCCCAAGCUCGUCUGAAACUCUUCGAAGAGUCGGGAGGAAAAUAUUAUUUCGAUAUGGACACCAUUGAAGGAGCCAGACAGUCAAGCUGGGAAUCCAUCCAGGCGACCACUUUGCCUCAACCAUUUGAUGGCUCAACCACGGAACACUUUGUGUCCCUGGAAGAGGUACCAAAUGGCGUCCCAGUGUUUGUUUAUAAACCAAACAAACUACCCGUAGAUCCACAAAUAUUGGUGUACUUCCAUGGUGGUGGUUUUACUGUGGGAUGUAGAGAGGGGUAUGAAACAAUGCUCAAAAUAAUUGCUCAAGAAGCUGGUUGCAUCAUUGUAAACGUUGAGUACCGCAUGGGACCAGAGCAUAAAACGCCUGCUUGGCUGGACGACUCCGUGGCAGCAACAAAGUGGGCUAUGUCCAAUAAAGAUAACAUAGGGGGAACUGGUAAGAGUCAAGUUGGAGUAUCAGGAGACAGCGCUGGGGGUUGUAUAGCAGGUACUGUCGCAUACCAUCUCCCGGGAAUUGACUAUCAGAUCCUGGUGUACCCACAUCUGGAUCAUAGGUGCCUUCUACCUUCAUAUACGGAAUAUGCUGACGAUCAUCUCCUCACUAUGAAACUUAUCACAUGGUUCCAUUCCAAUUAUAUAUCAGAAGAGCAGAAGACCGAUCCAAAGUACAACGUCCUCCAGCAGACAGAGUUUAAGCAUGUUCCCAGAUGUUUGUUCAUAGUCGCUGAAUGUGAUCCUUUAAGGGAUGACAGUAUUGAAUACGCAAAGAAACUUGACGAAGCUGGAGUGCCUAAUGAAACACUCAACCUGAAAGGAAUACUCCAUGGUUUCAUACAAGCUAAUGGUGCCUAUCCGGAAAAUAGCAAGAUUGCCUACGACAGAAUAAUUGAAUACCUAAAGAAAAUCAAACAGUAAUAUCCAACAUGAAUGUUUAGACAUUACAGACAUCUUUAACAUUUAAUCAGUUAAUGAAAUAUCCACGAAAAGAUUGCAUCAAAUCGGACGAUUAGCGGUUAAGUUCAAGAGCACUGUUUUGAAGAUUAUGUCCCGUGUUGGGUAUUUGUACCUACCUUGUGAGUGAGGUAUUAUAAAUGGAUGAUUCUGUUGUCUUUUUGACUAUUUGUUCUCAUGUACAUUUUUAAGACAUUUGAUAGUAUGACACACGUUUGUGAUAAAGAUGUCGUGGAACUUCUGCCUACUAAGCUCGUGAAAUAAGGAAAGUUAAAAAAAUCGUACCUUCGAGGUUCCGACAUUUUGUUACCGUAAUCGAGUACCAGUGUAAUAAACGUGUUACACUGUCAGUCAGUAUACUUUUCAG